CACUGUUCUGGUUCUGUUCCCCCUCAGAGAGAUCAGAGCAGCAGACUCUCCGGACCUUCACGAUUGGGCCCAGCUCCAUUCGGGUCACCUGGAACGUGAUCCAGUCAGCACAGGGUUACCGGCUGGAGUGGAGGCGGGCUGCAGGGGGCGAAACGCAGAGGCUGUCAUUUCCCACCAGCACUAACAGAUACGAGAUCACUGGGCUGCAGCCUGGGACGGAGUACGUCAUCACGCUGUACACGCUGUACGAGGGCCGGGAAGUGGCCACGCCCGCCUCCACCUCCUUGACAGUGGAUCAGCCUGUGGGCAGCGUGUCUAACCUGCGGGUGCUGGAGACUCUGGGCAGAACGGUCAGGCUGGGCUGGACGGGCGUUGCCGGGGCGACCGAAUACCUCAUUCGCAUCAUCAACACCGAGGACGGGAAGGAGCGCUCUCUCAGCAUCCCAGGCGAUCAGACCACCCUGGACCUGGAGGACCUGCAGGAGGGGGUGUCCUACAGGAUCAGUCUGACCGCGCUGGUGGGAAGCAGGGAGGGGACCCCCGUCACUGUCACCAUCAGGGCAGAGGUGCAGAGUGUGGGGGAUGUCCAGGUCCAGGAUCUGGGAGGAGGCCGGGUCAGACUGACCUGGACCAGAGUGUCUAGAGCCACAGGCUACAGAGUGACUGUUCUCAACACACAGGAUGGGACAGAGCAGUCUGAACUCCUGGGAGACCGCACCUCCAUCGACCUCAGCGACCUUGCAUCUGGGGUGACCUACACUAUCACUGUCACACCGCUUGUGGGGAGCCAGGAGGGGAGCCCCGUGUCUGUCAGCAUCAGGACUGAGGAGGUUGUCUCCGAGCCCAUCAUAACCAACCUGCGAAUCCUGGAGAGAGGAAGUGACCGGAUCAGGAUCAGCUGGACUGGCAUCGCACAGGCCACGGGGUAUCGGGUCACCUGGCGCAGCGGUGACGGCAGGGAGCUCAGUCAGACGCUACCCCGGAACGCCAGCUCCUACGAAAUCGUGGGCCUGCGGGAGAACGAGGGGUACCGAGUGGGCGUGGCGGUGCUGGUCGGGGGGGUGGAAGGAAACCCCACCACUGUCAGCACCAGGACCGAGCAAUCGGUGGGCGGGGUCACAGACCUGAGGGUGACUGACACCAGCAGCAAUCAAGUGCGCAUUGCCUGGUCCAGGGCUGCUGGAGCAACAGGCUACCGGGUCACCUGGAGGCAGGGCAGUGCACAAGCGCAGUCCCGGUUGUUGCCAGGCGACUCCUCCUCAUUCACCAUGGAGGGGCUGGUGGCUGACGAGUCCCUGGUCAUUGCUGUCUACACUCUUAUUGGCCAGCGUGAGAGCAGUGCGGUCACUCUGUCCUCCAGGACAGCUCCAGAGCUGGUGGGCAGGGUGUCUGGCUUGCGGGUACUGGACACGGGGAACAGGAGGAUCCGGAUAGCUUGGACUCCACUGCCAAGGGCAACAGAGUACAAGAUCAGUUGGCGUCGUGACGACGGAGAGGAGUCCUCCCGCAGGGUAGGCAGUGAUGUCACUUCCUUUACCGUUGAUGGACUUCAGGAAGACUCCGCCUACAGAGUUUCAGUCUCUGCCUUAAUUGGCUCAAGGGAAGGAAGUCCUGCCUCUCUAAAUGCCAGGACAGAGCCAGUACGGACACUGACUAAGCUGAGCACCCUGGAUGCUUCCAGCAGCAGCAUCCGCAUCGCCUGGACACCUGUCGCCAGGGCAACGGGAUACAGGAUCACCUGGAGGAAGAGAGAUGGAGUGGACAUCUCUCGUGUGGUCACUGCUGACACCACUACGUUCUCCAUCGAGAAUCUCCAGGAAGACACCCCCUACAGCAUCCGUGUCGCCGCUGUGUUUGGAAACCGGGACGGCACGGCAGCCACCAUUUCUGGACGCACAGCCAAGGAGCAGGACACGGUGGGGACAGUGACCCGGCUGCAGGUGUUGGAGUCACGCGCUAAUGUUGCCAGGGUGACCUGGGUUGGAGUGCAGGGAGCCACUUCCUACAGGAUAGUGUGGCAACGCACCGAUGGAGGCCCAGAGUCCAGCCGGGUGGUUCCAGGGGAUGUCACAGCCGUGGACCUCGAAGGUCUGGAUGAAGGUUCCAAUUACGAGGUGCGCGUCACGGCGCUGGUCCAGAACCGCGAGGGGCCGCCAGUCACCAUCAGCGUCACCACGCGUGAGUCAGAGCCGCCGCCCGCAGGAGGGGUGGGACUGCACCUGUGUGCAUGCUGACGGUAUUGCAGUAUGUUGCAAUGUGCUUGUGUCAAUGUUGUGAUGUGUGGAUGUAUUUGUUGUGAUGUGUUAUGCUGGUGGUGUUGUGUCGUGUUGUGAUGAUGUUGACAUACUGUUCUGACUCUGUGAUGCUGUCAUAUUUUGUUGAUACUGUGAAGUCUUGAGGUAGAUAUUGAUGUCAUGUUGCACAGAGGUUGUGUUUUUAUUUCAUGGUGAGUUGAUGAUGAUGU